AUGGCCGGCCGCGAUCGAGACCAGGACGCAACGCCUCGCCAAUCCAUCAAUCCAAACGUCUUCGACGACGAGUAUGCCAUCGAUGCAGACGACCUCGACUUCGGGAUGGGUGUCGCCGAUGGCUUCAGACCGGGACACCCGUCUGGUGCGACACGAGACGACCAGGGACUGCAGAGAGCGCCGUCACGUCAAUCCAACGCAGACACAACAGAAUCUGGCGUGCGCAGGAUGCCAUCGCGAAACAGCACCGCCAAACCACCUGCAGCUCGAGACUCCUCCGCCAUCGCCAAUGAUGGCGCCACCCCUGCUGUCCCAGCCCGGAACGCCAACAUCCACGGUCGAGCAGGCAGUUCACGCGCCAACGCCCUGAUGCACCGCUCGUCUGUCAGUUCCGAUUCCUCCUUCGCGACAAUGGCUCGAUCCGAGAGUCCCUAUGGCGUAGGCCCGAGCCAUCCCUAUGCCAUGUAUCCCCAGAAUACCACCGUCGCCCGCUCCUCAAGCGUGACGACAUCCUCCACCAUACGCCAACCGCACCGUUCCUUCUCGGCCCACCGUCCAACACAUCCGUACGGCAUGUACACCCAGAACGUAGCAGAAGACCAGGACGAGGAACACAUCACGCCAGCGCCAAUAAUACCGGUCGGGUUUCCAGGGCUAGAUACAGGCUACCAUAGGCAAAUAGGUCCGGACGGUGAAGAGCAGGACAUCAUCGGUCCGGAUGGACAUACAGAGCAGCUUCCGCCAUACACGAGAUAUCCAGAGGAAGGCCCCACGAAGCACUCGCUUGCCGCGGAGCCAUCCCCGAGUCCAGUAGCGAAUGUCCCGCCUCGCUCAGGAACAUCCCAGGACGCUCUAGUGUCCCCAAUCACUCCGGCAGAGCGGCAACACCGGGCAGAACCUUACGUUCUCCCCUUGUCAGAGUCGCCUGGCUCGUCCCAGAAUGCUGAACCCGGGAUCACAGAGAAGUCGUGGAAAGGCAGAACUUGGAAGGAAAUCAGGAGGAGAAGAGUCCUGUGGGGCAAGAUUCCGUUAUGGGUACUAUUACUUUUCCUGGGUCUUGUUUUAAUAUUUGCCGUCAUUCUUGGUGCUGCAAUUGGGUCUUUCCUAGCCCGAGAAAAGAUGCAAGCACACCAGCCUGAUCCUGAAAGCGUCGUGACUGUUAUCACCACCGCAUCCAUGUUUGAUGCGUCACUCAUUCCCACGCCCUCCAAUCUUUCGCCUCUUCCCAUGGGUACAUUUUCUCUACCUAUAAGCGUUCCCCAAGAGGCGAGCGGAAACUGCCUCACGGAAGCCAACCAAAUCAGUGCCUGGUCAUGCAUCUUGUCCGGACCCGCUCUACAACUCAGUGUGGCUCCAAUUCCUGGCGAGGGCCUGCCUUACGCCGCAUUACAAGCCAUGGAUGACGAUGACGACAACAUCCAAUAUGGUGUCCAGCCACCGUCUCUCCAAAUGCAGACUCUCAGCCUCGUCACUGAUCAAGACUUCCCUAAAUUUGGUCCGGCUUUCCAUUUCCAGGGGUUGUACAACAAGGUCGUCAUCUUGAAGGAUGAUCAGUUUAGUGCAGAAGCAGCGUUGCGAGCGCGAGAUGACGACAAACUUGACUUUCACGAUCGUUUCCAGGUCCAGCCAGGAGACCGGCCGUGGGUCUGUUACUUUAAUCAAACCUUCAUCGAAGGGUAUCUCUACGUUACGGACAAUUCUACGGCCGCGAGUUUGACACAGUCACUGUCGUCUUCGGCCCGCACUACGACGCCCUCCGCACACACAUCAUUACCAUCCACAGAUGCAGAGUCAGUCACUUCAGCCUCAGUCCAUCCAUCUCCCACAACCACCCCCACAUCCUCAUGGUCAGAGCCCUGGCCAAGCCAAUUCAUAUCUUAUGCGACGUCGAUACCCAUCCGGCAUCGAGAUGCCGAGCCCCAUCUAGUCCCCUAUCCUCGAGUUGUCAAGAUAGAGGAGCGCCGCAUUCCAGGCUCGCCUCAGCCAGUGUGCCAGAAGAUGCAGCUUCUUGACAACAGGUCUCUGGUUCCAGCUGUCAACAGCUCUGGACAAUGGAUACUUAUCCCUCUUCAAGAAACGGACCCGACGAUGCAACAAUUCAGCCAAGCUGGCGCGAGUGCACCGGGCGCGAGUAGCUCGCCGUCGUCCGGCGUAAAAAAGAGGGAUGACCCGUCCGGCGCGUGUCACUGCCAAUGGAUGUUCCAAUGA